GCUCUACAAUUCUAUGAUCUCCCUGCCGGGGCGGACUUUGGUAAUCUUUCAUAAUACGGCGCCCGGUGCGAGGCCAAAAUGUGGUGCCUCAAAACAGAUCUUCUGAGUUAUGGAUCUUCCCGAUUUUGAGUACCCUUGGCACACUAGCCUGUGUGGUGGAACUGCCCACACUGCCCAAAUCCGGUGCUGUCCCUACCUCUGGAAAGUUUCCUUUUGCCGUUCACGCCCUCUGCUAGCUGACCUCCUCAUCUGAUGCAUAUGCCCUUCUGCGCUCCAGUGACGCCAUUGUCCCCGCACAACAGGGCAGAUCCGGGUAGUUGGCAUGGGAACACUAGGAGGAAUGGGGAUGGAGAUUAGAGGCUGGGUUUGCUGGAGGUGGCAGUCUCCGUCCUAGGCUGGGCCAACCGUCUGGGUUUCUGCGGUCUAUGUUUCUUCUUUCCUUCUGCCUCCUCCUCCCUGGUCCGGGGCUGUUGCUUCCAGAGCCCCACAUCUCCUCAAGAUGUCUGUGAUAAACUCCCAGCCUUCCCCCUUUGGACACCUGACACGGGAGAGACACAUUGAAUCCGUGGCCAAGCCACUGAAGUGGGACGAUGCCCCAGAGCUCCUGGCUGGGGAGGCAUCUCAAGGCUGCACCAGUGACGUCUUGCCUACUGGGUCAGAUUCAACACGGCUUCAGAGGCACCCUCUGCAGGUAGUCAACACAUGGGGCAUCAAGGGGUACAACUGCAGCACAGAGGCUUGGAUGUGCUAUGAAACAGCGCCCUCCAGAACAAAGUGCCAGGGUGCCCUGGGUUUACCUCUGGUGCCACCAGCCUACGGAGGGGGUCAAGAAGGAGAGCUGGGUCCCUCGCGGCACCGAGAGGCCGGCCCUCAUCCUGGACUGCAGUUACUGGCCGGGGCCCAAGAGCUCUGCAUCACCUCCAAGGCUGAGCGCCACGGACUUGUCAGCAGCUCCCAAAGAAGAAGCUACAUCAUCAGAGGCGCAGCUGGCGAAAGGGGACUCCUGCUGUUGGCCACUGAAGAAUGCAACAACUGCUGCUUUCACCUGUGCGGCCCUGCCCGCCCCUGCCACCUUUGCCUCCAAGAUGAGGAAGGCCACGUCGUCCUGUGGUUCUGCAGACCUUUCCGACUGGGCCUCGGCUGUCUCCGUUGCUGCCAGAUGGAGGUGGUGGCUUUCACCGGCGAUAACCAGCUUAUCGGCACCGUGCGCCAGAGGUGCGGCACCUUCUCCCAUUUCCUGGAAGUCAGUGAUGCCUGUGGUUUUGCCACCAUGAAGAUCUAUGGCUCCUGCAUUCCUAGACGGUGCUUCUCCGAACAGGAGUUCCAGGUCCUCUCCUCCACUGACAGCGUAGUAGCCACUAUUUGGAAGAAGUGGCCGGGAUUCAAGGAGGAACGCAACAUGGAUCAUGAGUCCUUUGGAGUGGACUUGGUUGCAGCAGACCUGAGCAAUGAGGAGAGGGCUUUGCUCCUGGCUGCAGCAUUCCUGCUGAACUUCAUGUUCUUUGAAGUGAGCUGACGGGCGGCGCUAAGAGAAGACGGAAAGGAACUUUUGUGGCUCAACCCCGUUCUGCACCCAGACUACUCCCAAUUGUGACGUCUUGCCAUGGAGAAGCUCCCACAGUGCCUCCGACUAAGAAGGGGGUGCGAACUUUGUACUGAAAUGCCUGCACCUUUCACAGCUGCCUGGGAUCCAGGCAUCCAACAGGAGACGCUACAAGAGGAAGCCUCACCUACUAAAGGUCUGUGUGUCAGGCAGUUGUGAAAGGCCCAAGAGCCAGUGCAGAGAGAAAAAAGUUGGCAGCCCUGUCACAGAGGCACCCUGUUUCACUUUGGGGCGAGGACAUUCGUCCCCCCACCUUCUCCUUAUGCAGAGGAUGGCCACGGAAUUAUAGAAUUGUCAAGUUGGAAGGGAACCCAAGGGUCAUCUAGUCCAACCCCCCUGCAGCGUGGGAAUCUUUUGCCCAAGGUGGGGCUUGAACCCACAACCCUGACAUUUAGAGGCCUGUGCAUCCCAGAAGGUGAUCUGCAAUUCUUUAGCUGCAAUUCCUGCUUUGCGGUGGGCUGGAAUAAAUGGCCCUUGGACCCCUUUCAAUUCUGCAAUUCUAUGACUUGAUGCCAGUGGAGGCUGCUGGUUCAUGAAAGAGAAUGGGGCAGUGCCCAAUGAACCUGUUUGCCCUCACUCGGCCCCAACUCCCCGUUUACCUUGCUAUUCAACCAGUCCAGGGAGUGGGGGCACUGCCUUUCUUCCCGUCUCAGAAUUGCCCUUGUAGAGUUCAGCAGGGAGGGAGAGAAGCAAGGGGACAAAACUGGAAUGAGUUGGCUCUGCCUGUUCUUGCCUUUGGCGCCACCUGCUGUUGAGCUCCCUGCCAUCCAUCCUACUAGCCUCAAUGGGCAGCAUGAGCUGCCAUUGCAUUCGGCUCCUUGGCAUUUCGAGCAUGAAAACAAGAUUCCUCGCAGAGCCCAGGAAAGGUGGAUCAAGAGCCAUGAGGCCAGAAUUCAGCAAUUUGCAGUCCCCGUGUUCUCAGGCUUACUGAACUUCCUUCUGGAGCUCCUUAGAAGCCAGUUUGCAAUAUAAAUGGCCUAUAAGUUGUAAUUAAAAUAAUGUUUAGCAUGGCAUCUGCUAUUUGAGGAUAGUUGGGUGGCUUUUAAAAACUUUUUCACGGUAGCUUUUGUUGCGUAAAAUAAUUUGUGCUGGAUACUUGCUUCAGUCUUCAGCUUCUAGUGGGAGUUUUGUAGUUUUGAAAGCUGCUUUAUGUAACUUGUACAUUGCCUAGAGAAUCUUUAUUAGGAUGCGGCUAAUAAAUUUAAAUGCACAGCAUGUGAGGAUUAUGCUGCAAACCUU